GUCACCCUAGAGGAGAGCUACCCUUCGGAUACAAUAUAACCGCUGCAAGUGCAUUUAAAGGAGUGUCACGCGUUGUGCGGCACGCGUUCCCUGUUGGGUGACGUCAGGAACACACGCGUUGUUCUCAAAAUCAUUUCUUUGGGAGGCGCGGCGUGUGCGGCUGUAUAUUGUGACUGCUGCUUCUAUAUUUCGCAGAACCCUCAAUUGACAAUUUAUGGCAAUGGCAUCAGAAAAGGUGCAGACUGAAGAAGACAAGAAUGCCUGGAUUCCAGGAUUGGGUGAAAAUAGACCUCAACCACGGCCUUUAAAAAAUACAUUUUUUGGUUAUGUUCCUGACGCCUUUUCGAUGAAAACUCCAGAAAUGCCGUCCGAAAAGUCUUCCCAGAAGUCGUCUCCGCAGCAGGUUUCAGCGCCAGAACCAGACAUUACUUCGGAGGUGUCGCUCACGGAAGACAUUCAAGUGGAAACGAUAAUGUUACAAGAAGCACUUCCAAUUGACGAAAGUGCUCAAAAUAGACUUAUGAUAAAAAAUGGAAGAGUGGUGAAUGAUGACAGCAUUGUUGAUGGUGAUGUUUACAUUGAAGAUGGUCUCAUUAAGCAGCUGGGUCGUAAUUUAAUUAUCCCUGGUGGAACUCGAAUAAUAGAUGCAAGGGGAAAACUUGUGAUACCAGGUGGAAUUGAUCCUCAUACACAUUUAAGUUUUGAAUUUAUGGGUGCUAAAUCUCCUGAUGACUUUUACCAAGGAACUAAAGCAGCAUUAGCUGGAGGAACCACCAUGUUGAUUGAUUUUGCACUUCCAAAGAAAGGAGAAUCUCUUAUUGAAGCUUAUGAACACUGGAGGCAAUUAGCUGAUGACAGAGUGUGCUGUGAUUACGGUUUACAUGUUGGGGUCACUUGGUGGUCAGAAAAGGUGAAAGAAGAAAUGGCGGUAUUGUGCAAGGAACACGGUAUAAAUUCAUUCAAGAUGUUUAUGGCUUAUAAAGAUGUUUUCAUGGUAAACGACACUGAGCUGUACCAGAUUUUUGACAGGUGUAAAGAAAUUGGUGCUAUUGCUCAAGUACAUGCUGAAAAUGGUUCUGUUAUUGCUGAGAAUGCUAAGAAGCUUUUGGCAUCUGGAGUGAAAGGUCCAGAGGGCCAUGAACGAUCACGACCUGAGGAUGUUGAAGCAGAAGCUGUGAAUCGUGCCUGUGUCAUUGCUAAUCAGGCAAGUCCAUUUUUUUCUUCUGAUGGUACUCAAUUUAAUAAGGAAACUUCAACAUUUUGUACUAACAAAAUUAUGAAAUUUCAUGAGCUAGGAAUUGAAGAGAAAAUCAAAUCUGAAUCAAAUGUCAUUCAUGACAUAAGACUCCUAUUUAAAGUAGUAUUAUUAGUGUCUUGCCCUCUUUAUGUUGUGCAUGUUAUGAGCAAGUCUGCAGCAGCAGUUGUAGAUGCAGCAAGAAAAAAUGGUCAGCGAGUCUUUGGAGAGACACUGGCUGCUGCUGUGGGUACUGAUGGUACACAUUGUUCUCAUCCUUGUUUUCAACAUGCAGCUGCACAUAUUCUAAGUCCACCAUUGAAUCCAGACCCUUCCACUAAAGAUAGACUAGUGGAAUAUUUAGCAAAAACAUCUCAAGAUAUUAACGUGAAUUGUCCGCUUUAUGUGGUUCGUGUGAUGAGCAAAUCUUCAGGUGAUGCAAUUAACCAGAAACGAAAUGAAGGGGUAGUGGUUUUCGGAGAGGCAUUAGCAUCGUCCAUUGGAACAGAUGGAACUCACCAGUGGAACACAUGUUGGCAGCAUGCAGCUGCCCAUGUUACAAGUCCUCCUCUUCGUCCUGACCCUACUACACCUGAGCACUUGAUGAAUCUCCUUUCCUCUGAUGGCCUUCAAGUUACGGGAAGUGACAAUGCAACUUUCAGUUCAAAGGAUAAAUUGUUGGGGAAGGAUGAUUUCACAAAAAUUCCAAAUGGAGUUAAUGGUGUUGAAGAUAGAAUGUCAGUUGUUUGGGAAAAAGGUGUUCAUUCUGGCAAAAUGGACCCAACUAGGUUUGUUGCUGUCACCAGUGCUAAUGCUGCCAAAAUAUUUAAUAUUUAUCCAAGAAAGGGUUGUAUUGCAGUGGGAUCAGAUGCAGAUAUCGUUAUUUGGGAUCCCAACCAAACUCGAACUAUAUCAGCUAAAACUCAUCACCAGGGCAAUGAUUUCAAUAUCUUUGAAGGUAUGGUUUGUCAUGGUGUUCCAGAAUAUGUAAUUGUGAAUGGUAGAGUGUGUGUUGAUGAGGGUGCUUUGAAAGCAGUCCAAGGCUAUGGAAGAUUCAUUCCAACUCCUCCGUUUUCUCCUUAUGUGUUUGAGCAAGUCAAGUCAAGAGAAGAGGAUAAGAAAGAUCAAGAGAAGGCAAUUGCAGAUGGCGCUGCAGCUGCUGCUGUAGCUGCUGCUGAAGUAGUGAAGAAGGUUGAGCAAAAUGGCAAUGUUGAAACUAGAUCGAUUCCAGCAGCAGAAACUCCUGUGACUGCUGUAGAGACUGAGCCUUCUCUAAGUUGCCCUUCAAGCAAGGGACAGCGAAAUCUGCAAGAUUCUACAUUUUCUAUUAGUACGGAACUGGAUGACAGUGCUCGGAAGUCAUGUAUCCGUGUUAAGAAUCCUCCAGGUGGACAGUCAUCUGGUGGCUUUUGGUAAGAAAUCAAAUGGUAUCAAAAGAACCAACACAUGGAACCUCAUGUAUGUUUCGCACUUUAGCUUCAGCUUUUAAAUGUGAAGAAGAGGGAAACAUUUAAGUUUAUAUAAUGUUUCCACUUGAGUUUUAAUUUAUUUGUGAAUAAAUCAGCAACAAAAUGUGUUGAUUGUUUUAUCUGUUCUCAUUCGACUUUGGUUUACCAAGAAAGGUUCUAUCUUUUUUUGCUGUUAAUGAUAUUGUAUGACCUGAAAACUUUACUGCCAAGUGCCAUUAUAACGACCAUGUUGUUUGAGCAUUUUUAUGCACAGGUCAGCAAUUUUAUGUGUAGAAAAUAUGGCAUAGUAAUAUAUUAAGUGUUUAAAUUAUCCAGAUAAUUUUGCUUGUUUGUUAUUGCCAUACAGGUUUAUAAAAGUGGCAAAAAUUGUGAGAUUUGAAUCAGUAAGUGCAUUGUUAUUUUGCAUAAUAUAUAAUUUUUCAAAAUAAAUUGUAAUAUGAUGUGCAAUGAGGUAUCAACAUAUUUAUAUGUGAUUAUAUGAAAUUUGCAUCUUUAAUUUAUCUUGAAUAUUUAUAUUUCUGUUGCAUUUCCUACUAUGCACAUUGGCAUGGUGCACAAAUUAUUUGAGAUACAUGGGGAGAAUUGUAGUGUUAUUGCUUCAGAUUGAGCGGCAAAUACAAUUAUGCCUUCCAUAAUUUAAUUUCCAUGAAUUUUUCUUCCAAAGUUUUCCAGACUAACACAUGACCUUAUAGGUUGUAAUAAUUAGUUUCACAAUAAUGUUUAAUGUCAAUGUAAUUUUGGAAAGCAGGAACAAUCCCCAAAUACUUGUGGUAUGCAUCCGUAUGUAUUCAUGGAAUGUUUGUCAUAUUCAUAUCAAUUUUACAGCAUAACUUCCUUGCGACAUAGAUAUUCAAAUAUUUAAAUACCAGGUUUUUUUUACAGAAGUAUUAAUAUUAAUUCUGUGUAGUGUUCAUGAAAUGCAAAAUGAGGAAGAUUUAUACCAUAUAGUGCUAGGAUGGAAUGAAGGAUUGUCAUUAAGUUGUACUUUGCAAGAAUCAGUGCAAACUUCAUAAUUUGAACUAAAGACCAGUGUGUCAGGAUCUUUUGAUUUCCAAAUUGCAAAAAUAACAUUUGUUUCUUGUAAUUUAUUACCUGAUUUUUGUAUUAGCAAAGUAUCUUAUUUGGUAUGCACAAUUUGUUAAGAAUUUCUUAGUCUUAUCCAUAUUUGUAGAACUGGAAACCUACUGUUUUUUUCAUUUUGGUAUUGUCUGCUGUCCUGAAAAAGAAUCCAGUCUUUGCUUGCAUUACUUGAAAUAUGAGUAGGAGAUAUCUUUAUUUGUGAUUGCUGUGGAUUAACUUUUACUGAAGAUUUUUUAUGAACUUGUUGAUAGUGAUGUUGAAUUUUUUAGGAAGCAUAGGUUUCCUCAUCCAUACAAUUGCCCAUUUUUAAAAGAACUAACCAAUAAUCUAAAUUUAAUGAAUGGUGAUUUGGUGAUGGCAGUUUUUUUUUUUUUCAGCAAACUCACUUUAGUAAUUCCUCUUUUUAGAAUAGUUAUUUCCUUGUAUUAAUUUAUUAUUAGAAUAUUACAUUGUUCUUGGUUUCAGUGAGGAUAGUCUAAUAAUUUAUUCUACUGUUUUCUCAAGUUAUUUCAUCCUUGAAGCUAAGAGAUUCUAGAAUACUAAGUAAUUCCCCCCCCCAGUGUCAAAUAAUAAAUGAGAAAAUUUUCUGGUUUUUAAAUUUCUUCAGAUAAGAUACUUUAACCAAUUAAGACCUUACAUGCGAGUUAAUAACAUUGAGUUAAAAUACAUUAAUUAUUUAUUGCAUUCCAGCCUUUUGCUGGUCAGUAAUAUAUUUUUUUUUAAUAUUAUAGUAGUUCAAAACCUUAAAUCCAAACAAAUGUACUCAAAAGUUCAAACUAUGCAAGUUGCACUGUAUUUGUAUGUGUUCUGUGGGAGAAAUAUUCAUGACAUUGUUUACAAAUGAGAUAACUAACAGUAUUCAUCAGUACAAAAUGAAAGCUCUUUGACUGGUCAAUGCUGAUCAACAGAAAAUACAAAAGAAACUUCUUAAUUCUAAUGUCCCCAUGUUUUGGCCAGUUUAGUAUGCUAUAAUAAUCUUAAUUGUUUUUAUAAGUAUGACUUCCAGUUUUGUAACGUGUUGCUGCAUAUGCAUGACUUGUAUGUACUCUAUACAAAUAUCAUUUAUUGCUAGCAAAGUAUUUCACUGCCCUGUUAUUACAAAUAUCUUUCAUAUCAAGUGGAAGACAAAGCUGUUGUUUCUAUCCAAUUUGUUGUCUGUUUUGUUUAUUUAAAGAUGAGCAGAAGUGGUUGUUUAGUAUGAUAUGCUGUUUAGUGCUGUUUAGAUGUGAUUGAUAUAUAAAAUAAACAUAAAAGAUAUUCUUCAACUUUUACUUUUAUCACAUUAUGUAUUUAUGAAAAGUUUCUUCCUUGAAUUUCUACAACAGAAAAUGUAAAAUUUCCAGGAAAAUAAAAUGCUUUUUAUUGAACCUCAGUAUGUGUACUUUCCUUCAUAAUGACGAUGGUUAAAUUCUUUGUAGGGAUAAGUACUACACUAUUUUAUUUGAUACGAAAUAAGAAUGGGAGUCCAAUCCUUUCCAAAACAGCUUCAAAUUAUUAUCUACUUAUUUUGUUACUGAAAUAUUCAACACAGUAUUUCUAGUGAAAUCAAUAAUUUAAAUAAAAAUCAUUAUAAUGAGUCGAUUUUAUAGGUUUGCUUUUUUCAUAUUAGCCCCUCUUAGGAUUAUUAGAUGUUCGUUCCAAAAAGUACAAGUACUCUCUUAGAAGUACUUUUAUUGCACUUUUGCACUUUUUCCAAUUUUGAACUCUUUUCUUCAUAACUCCUCUAAAACAGUAUAACAAUAUAAUAUAUAAUUUCUCUUAAAGAUAAUUAUUGCUACCGCCACCAUCUCUUUUACAUUUUAGAGAAACAAAUAGGCCCCGGCUGGCCCGUGGGUUGAUUGAGUGCAGGUGAUAGUAAAAAAAAAAUUGGAUAAACACAAUUUUCAAUGAAUCUGCCUCAUUUGGUUACUUUAUAACAGUUACUCUCUAAUUUCUCCACUAUUGGGGGUCUCAGGAUUAAGUGGGAUGUACUCCAAUAACUGGAAAUAGAACAAA